AUGGCUACUCACGUCCCAACUUUUGCUCUCGCAACUUCACUGGCCGUAUUCCUCUGCAUAAUCUGUACUACUUCCACUUCAGUCCACGCUGCGAACAGCCGCCAUGGCUUCAGCGUCCGUUUGACCCACCGCGAUUCCACAAACUCGCCGUUUUACGACCCAAAAGAAACGUCAGCUCAACGAAUGGGAAACGCCGCUAGGCGAUCCAUCUCUCGAGCAAAUCGUUUCAGGAACGUCCUUGACGCUGCUACUUCUUCUUCCUCUAGCCUUUCCAACACCACCGCCGGGGCCGAACUGAUCACCGGCGACGGUGAAUACCUGAUGAACAUCUCCAUCGGCACGCCGCCGUUUCCGGUCGUGGCGAUUGCCGACACCGGCAGCGACAUCAUCUGGACGCAGUGCAAGCCUUGCGCCGACUGCUACAAGCAGGACGCUCCCCUGUUCGAUCCCAACUCUUCCGCCACUUACAGAACGGCGCCGUGUCAAUCAAAACCCUGCGUUUCUCUCGCCCACGACGGAAGUUUCUGCUCCCCGAAGGGUGACGUCUGCCAGUACCAGGUGAGAUAUGGUGACGGCUCCCACACGAGCGGAGAUGUCGCAGUUGACACGCUCACCCUGGGGUUGACUAACGCCGCCGCUGGCUACGUGGCGUUCCCAAACAUCGUGAUUGGCUGCGGUCACGACAGUUCCGGCACGUUUAGCCCAAAGGCGUCAGGUAUCAUUGGGCUGGGAGGCGGGCCGGGCUCCCUUAUCACCCAGAUGGGCCCAUCCAUUGGAGGGAAAUUUUCUUACUGCAUGGUUCCCUACUUUGAGGCGCCGGAGCAUACCAGCAGCACGAUGAACUUCGGCCAGAACGCCGUCGUUUCAGGGAACGGCGUGGUUACCUCGCCGUUUUCGUCCUCCGCCGUAGUGCCGACUUUCUACAUGCUUCAACUUGACUCCGUCAGCGUCGGGAGUACGAAUAUCCCGUUCAAGAGUGCUUCUCUUGGCGGUUCAGGGAACAUCGUCAUUGACUCUGGCACCACGUUGACGCUCGUGCCCACCGAUUUCUUGGCCCAAAUGUCUGCUGCCUUCGAGAGCCAAGUCAACGGAACCAAAGCCACCGACCCGCAAGGUCUGUUGAGCCCAUGCUACGUGGCAGACUCCACUCUCAAGUAUGUUCCGCCGGUCACGGCGCACUUUAAGGGAGGUGACGUGGCGCUAAGACCGUACAAUGUUCUGGUCCCGAUGAGCGAUACUGUGGUUUGUUUGGCUUUCUAUGGUCUCGAUGAGAUAAGCAUUUACGGGAACAUCGCGCAGCAGAAUUUCCUCGUUGGCUAUGACCUUCUGAAGCAGACGGUGUCUUUCAAGCCUACGGAUUGCACCAAGAAUUGA